AUGGCUCAGAAACGCAAGUUCUCUUUGGAAGCAUCUCGUAUGCUGAAACGUAAAAGCUCUGAGUUGUUCAGAAGCUUACCAAAAGUGCCCACCACUCAGUACUUGGAGCAUUCCAAGCUCGCGUGUGAUAUUCUAUACAGUGGGUAUAGACCUGUUGUGUACCCUGUUCGGGAAACACCGCUGGGCCAUCGGAAAGUCCCGGGUGCGGGCCAAACGCGAGCGCCGUCGGAGUUAUUGUCAUCAUCAUCAUCAUCAUCAUCAUCAUCAUCAUCGGCUAGUAGUAUGGCGGGAGUUUCCGGGUCGGGUGGGAUCGGCUCCGGUGGUGUCAAUGGCACAUGGCGACACAAUCCUCGCAUCCCGUCCCGGUUACUGCCGUACAAUCUAUGGAGCAGUUCAAGCAUGGCUAUGGAGUACUACCCAGAAUGGCUUGGAGUUCCGCGGAACGUGGUGGACGGACUGCGGCCGUUUGAAGGGCCGCCGUCGGAACGCCGAAAAGAAGCGGUAGCCGCCGAGCCAUUUCGGGCCCGGAGUUCGGCGUCGGCAUCGGCGUCGGCAUCGGCGACUAAACUGCGCAGAUCCGAUAAGCUUUCGGGACAGGUAGACCAGUUUAUGAACUAUCUGCGCGAAAAGGACGGGAACGGAUAG